AUGUCUUGUGUUCUUAGUCUUUUGUUUAUUGUACUAUAUAUAGUUUACCGAUCAGAUGAAAGUGAUGGGGUUUUUGAGAAAAAUUCAGCAAAGAAAAAGAAACCAGAUCAAAGUCUUUGGAAGAGAAACAUUGUAAAGGUUGCCAGAAUAAAAGGUGAAGAAUAUGUUAACUACCAAGGAAAUACUGUACCUCAAAAGUGUACUGGCUUCCCCUGCAGCUGCAAGAGAAACUACUGUCUUGAGACUAUUAAUGAAAAAGAUCAAAUGGAUAUAUUUAACGAUUUCCAUGCCUUCAACACUAAAGAUGAGCAAGAUUUAUUCCUACAAUCCUUGAUUGAUUCCCAAGAAGUUAAGCAGAGACGACCCAGAAAGGAAGACAGUUCUAAAAAAAAAAGUGCUACCUUUAAGUAUCAUGUUAUGGUGGGUUCUGAUCGAAUGCCGGUUUGUUUUAAAGCUUUUUUAAGUUUACAUGCAGUUACUAAAAAACAAGUUGAAAGUUGAAAGUUGAUUGCGAAAAGCCCAGUUGAUAAUAGAGGACGUUAUAUAAAACAAGUAUUGUCUGAAGAAAUCAAACUUUUUAUCAGACAGCAUAUUGAAAGCUUUCCAACUAAAGAAAGCCACUAUCUUGGAAAGCCUAUAUGCUAUCUAGAUGCCACAUUAAAUGUUAAAACUAUGUAUAAGCUGUUUAAAGAAAAAUACUUUUCAAUAAAAGUUGGAGGAACAAAGUAUUUCAACUACUUUAAAGAAAACUAUAAUCUUUCCUUUGGAAGGCCACAAGUUGACAUAUGCUGCACUUGCGA